GUGGUUGGUUGUUGUGGUGGCCAUGCGCUUUAGGGCUAAGAUCGUGGAUCUCGCCUGUCUCAAUCACUUCAGCCGUGUAAUUAACACGAUCGCAAAAUUAGCCAAGACCUGCACCCUGCGUCUUACCGUGAACAAGCUGUAUUUCAUCCUCUCCGACAGAGUUGCUAAUGGAGGAGUCAGUAUGUGGUGUGAGCUGUGCCAGGGGAAUUUCUUUGAUGAAUUUCAGAUGGAGGGAGUAGCUGCAGAUCACAAUGAAAUAUAUUUAGAGCUCAUGCCUGAGAACCUGUCAAGAGCAUUAAAAACUGCCCAGAAUGCAAAGGCAGUGAAGAUCAAGUUGACUAACAAACACUCUCCCUGUCUCAAAGUUGCCGUGGAGCUACCAUCCUUAUCAAGCAGCAGUAGGAUUGUGACGCAUGACAUUCCUGUGAGGGUUAUUCCCAGAAGACUGUGGAAUGACUUCAGAGAGCCUGUUGUGCCAGACUUCGAUGUCAGUAUUUACCUACCAGUGCUGAAAACAAUGAAGAGUAUUGUGGAAAGAAUGAAGAAUCUCAGCAAUUACAUUGUGAUUGAAGCAAAUUUGAGUGGAGAAAUGAACUUAAAAAUAGAAACUGAUGUAGUAUCUGUAACAACACAUUUUAAAGAUUUGGGAAAUCCUCCCUGGGCAUCAGAGGAUGGAUGUCAAAGCUCUGCUCAAGGCAGAGAUCUGCAAAGCAUGGCUGAAGUACGCAUAGACAUCAAGAAGUUGCAGCAGCUGCUUGUAGGACAGCAGGUCAAUCCCACAAAAGCCUUGUGCAAUAUCGUAAGUAAAAGAAUUGCCCACUUUAUCUUGCUCCAUGAGGAUGUUUCACUUCAGUACUUUAUUCCAGCGCUUGCCUGAAUGUUUUGGAAUCACAGCCAUUUUCCAAGCUAAGGCCUUUUCCACAAACUGGGAUAGCAACUUACCUUGGUGUUAUCUGUUUGGUUUAUUUUUGUGAUUUCCUGUAAGAUAGGGUUGGGGGGGGGGGGGGGGGGGGGGGGAGGAAAGGGGUCAACGUUCUUAAUUAAAUAAAAUUUAAGAUGUAAUCCAACAACUGAGUCAAAUAAAUGCUUUAUACUGUUGUUUUGAAGCAGCUGAUACCUGUGCUUGUUGAGUCACUGGAUCUGUAGAAAUCUCAGGUUCUUAAUGGUGCUGCUUGUCUGCUUCCAGAAAGGACAAGGUAGGGUGGUCAUUUCUUUGUUAGGAAUAUAUGUAUAUUUUUAAUAUAUGGGAUAUUCAGCCUGUGGAUAUUCACAUUUAAUGUUUUUAUUCUUUCCAAAAAGAAGACAGUUUUGGGUGUUAUGGUGUGGUACAAUCAGGAAGGUAUUUACUGCAUGUGUUUACUUGAGGUCAUGCAGCACUGAGCAUCAGGCAGCUGUUAAGCCAUUUUUUAAAAUUUUUUUUAUUUUAAUUUAAAUAGUUGAGAAGCACUGUGAUAAAGUUCUGACUCCAAUGGCAGAAAAUCUUGAAAGCAGAAAACUUUCAAGACGUGUACACCUCCUAGUUAUCCUGAUACGUCCAUUUGAGAUGAACUGCUGCUGAGUUAUGCUUCUAUUGUCUACACUGUGUUCUAGUUAAAGAGCAAGUCCAGUAGGAAGUAAGACAGAUGAGUAAUCUAGAAUAGAAGUUUUCUGGAGCGAUUAUAGAUUUGGGGUCCUAAUUAAGUAUUGUUGUUCUUGAGUGGGGAAAUAAUGCCAAUUUGGCAUUGUUGGAAACACUUGGAAUCAGUACUUUUCCAUCAGGCAAAGCUAUCGGUGGAGCAGCAGUUGUUUUUGUUUUACUUCUGUAUUGCAGUAGUGGGCGCGCGCCCCCAUGUGGCAACGGCGAAAACAUGCACUGAAUCGGUGAAACAUUUAACCAUUAUGCACCGUUUUCUCCUGUCACAGUUAAUUACUCUCCUGUUCCCCUAUUAGCUAGGUACUCCAGGCUCGCAAUAUAUGCAACACAUUUGCUUAUCUACUUUUCCAUAUAAAGCCUAUUGUUUUUAAGAUCGUUUUGUACUUUUCUGUGAAUGCAGACGAGCGAUGUUUCUUGAAGCUGUCAUACUUGUUUUAUUGCAUGCCAGGCUUUCCUUAUUCCACUCUGUAUUUUUGCCUUAUCCCUCACUACUUACAAAAGCCAUCUUUAAGAAAGAAAAAACCCAUAUCAGGUAGUAUCUAAAGGUUAAUAACCCCCAAUUCCUGCCUUAUGAUACCUGUUAUGCUGUUCUGACAAGCAUAAAUUAUUCAUUUACAUUUAUUUAGCAGCCUUUCCUUUUUCAAUGAACUUGCACAUUCUUUCACGAAAGUUGAUAUUGUUCAUGUGUGAUCACUGUGGGUGUUGUUCAAACCCUUUGGACUAAUUUCUUACCCUGUUCAGGACAUCCUGGCUAUUUAUAAAUAAAUACUUUACUAUUUAUCUCUCUUUUUACAAUGAUGGACACAUGUGGUAUAUUAUCUCAAAUUCUGUCAGUCACCUUCUCACAGAAAAGAUUGCCACAUUGCAUUUUUGGGUAUAUUUUGAGUGAAAUAAAAAAAUUAUUCUGUGCAACACAGAUUAUAGUUUUACUUACUUCAAACAAACCAUUCAGAAUGCCAUAGUAUGGUAAGUCUUUAAUGGUACAGGUUUUCAAUCUGAAAUUAAGGAGACUUUAUUACCACGUUUCUCUCCAGGGCAAAUUUCUGUCUUUGCAAAAGCUCCUCAGUAUAGCAUCCUUACAGUUGGUCUUAAAUGCAAGUUGAAUAAUGCACUGUUUUUGCCUGGCUUCCUGUUUAAUUAUAGUUGCUUUCCCCCUAAUAAAAAUGAUGUGACUAUUAACAACAAAACCAUAAUUGGAACUGCUGGAAGUUCAAAGUGGACAAUUUUGUUCCUAGUAAAAGAACUUCCUCUGUUAAUCACAUAUCUCAUCUGGAUGACGUGAGGAAUUCAUUAACAGGAUUUUGUGCACUUUUCAGCACAGAAUUGCAAAAUCAUUAAGGGUUGGAAGGGACCUGUGAAGAUUGUCUAGUCCAACAUCCCCACUCAAGCAGCAUAGAAAAGUAUCCAGGUGGGUUUUGAAUAAAUCCAGAGAAGGAGACUGCAACCUCUUGGAGCAGCUUGUUCCAAUGCUCUGUCAUCCUCACAAUAAAGAAUAUUUUCCUCAUG